AUGGGGACCCAGGAGACCAGCGGAGGUAGGAAGGCGAUGGGGCACCCCACCCUGCAGGUGCACACAGAGGCGAGUCAGGCCUGUGUCCAGGGUCGGGGGUUGCCCUCUCUGGGCAUUGCGGACCCUGAGGGCUCCCCCAGCUCCAGGACCCCAGGUGACAGUGACUGCAGGUUGGGACCCCACAGACAUGCCCUGGUGAACAGGGCAGGGGUCCAGGGGGCUGACAACAUCACAGCCGCUGCUGCUCAUGCUGGGCGCCGUCAAGGGGGGGUCUCAGGCCCACCUUAUGGGGAGGAGGCUGAGGCCCAGCGAAGUGGGAAGACAGCCCUGGCUGUGCUGCCAAGUGGUGGCAGGACUCGAACCCGGGCCCAGGCUCGGCAGUGCCUUCCUGCUACCCCAGGGCCCUCUCUGACAGCCGUGCCACCACCGCAGCAGGACAGCCGGGAGGGCGGGGCCCCACUUCCCGGGCGGCCAGGGCCGGAUCGCAGCCUGUCCCUGGACCCCACGUCGGAGUGUCUCCAGCGGGAGCUUCUGGUCGUCUCCCACCAAGGGCUCUGGGAAACAGCGGCCCUGAGCCACCGCCAAGGUGCAGGGGGACACGCGGCCAUGCCCCCCAGCCCCCCAGCCCCAGCUCAGCUGCUGCCCCCCGCACCCCCUGGGACUGAGCUUCUGGAAACGACGCUGCCAGCGAGAAGCCACUGCUCCCCGAGGCCCAGGCGCACGGCUCCAUUACAUCCUCGGCUUCCCGGAACCCGGCUCACAGCGCAGCCGCCCCCUCCGCCCAGCCCAGAGGCCCCGGCCCCCCUUGGGGCGAGGUGGUCUGUACGUGCCUCCACUAACCAGCUCCCAGGCCCCUCACUGCAGCCGCGCCCCCCGCCGGCCCUGGGAAGUCCUGCCGCCGAGCUGCCUCAGGUUUCUCCUGCUCCACCACUCUCACCCCGCCACACCCCUGCCAAAGCCCUCCAGGGCCCGUCCCCAGAGGGACACCCCAGCCUCCUCGCUCUGGCUGGAUGCGCCCGGCAGCACCCCCGCCGGGGCCCUGACCCCGUGCCCCCCACAUUGGCCUGCUGUGCCCCCAACUUCACUCCGGCUCUGUUCUCCCCCUCAGAGGCCCUCCCUGACCACUGA